CUUCCUGUCAUACAACCCGCCACAAGCUCAGCAGCAGUCGCUUUGACGGACGACGUCGACACUUGAGGACACUUUACAGGUUGGAGUUAUUGUGGAUAAAGUUGUCAAUGGCUGUGGUAUGGAGUGUAGUUGCUGCCGCCGUGCUGCAAUUGCUAAUUGCAGAGAAAGGGACAUCAGUUAGUGUGACAAUCGGCUUACCUACUGGACCAUUGACGUCUGAUACUUUCAACGUGGCAAGUGAUCACGACCUGUUUCUGAAAUGCUACGCGAUCGGAUUAAUAACGUUUCCAAUCGACUGGUUUCGUGAUGAUGACCCACUAAUUGGCAAUGGUAUUAGACUGCGUAGUCGUGGCCAAACGAUGCAAAUACCACAUGUGACUCAAUCUGCACGAGGGCGGUACAAGUGCUGUGCACAGCAACAAGUCUGCAGUGAUGAGAUUACAGUCGUUGUCAUCGAUCCGCCAAUCAUAACCACAAGUUGGGGUCACAAACGAAUCCUCCUCGUCCAGAAAGGCACCAACCAUUUUAAACUCUCUGUAAACGUGACUUACCCACUCAUAAGUCACUGUAUAUGGUACAGAGACGACGAACAGAUAAUACAGAAUGUCGGCGAGUUGUCGUACGAAUGCGAAUUCAGUGAUAAUCCUCACGUCAAACUAGAGCUACCGAUACGCAACAACUCAAGCAAUUCUCGUCCAAUCGACUACGACGACUCUGGAAGAUAUCGGUUUACUCUACAUACGUCAAUGUUUUCGGAUGUUAACACGACCGUGUCGGUGAUGUUGAUCGUCGUGGGUCCGCCUGUUGCUCCAGAUGCUCCUUCAGUGUCGGUGGUUGGACACUCAAGUUUGUCUGUAACGGUCAAUGUGAAUCGGUCGAUUGUUGGGGAUGAUGGUCGAUCACCGGGUGUGUACAUGUACUUUUUGCAGUAUGCAUUGGUGGGCACUGAGGAGUGGGUUAAUAUCAAUGUGACUGAGGCUGUGUUGCAUGGUCGUGUGGUGGGUAUUGAUUGGCUGCGUCCGUGUUUGAGUUAUGAGGUGAGGAUGUUGGCGAGCAGCGAGUAUGGAGUUAGUCCACCGAGUGAUGUUGUUCAAGUGACACUACCGCCGGUGUCUUAUGACAAAUUUCAACUGUAUCCUCAUCAGUCUAGUGACAGAUUCCUAACAUCCAUUCACAACGUUCAAAUGGCCAUAUGUUUACCAUCACAUCUUCUAUCAACAGCCAUCGGCGACUUUAUUUGUCACUUACCCGAACCCUCCAAUUUGAACACAGACAACAUAUCUGCCCCGAGUUCACCCGUUGUUCAUAUCACUCUCUUGUGUGCUGAAAACGAAGAAGCACCCAAUUGCACUCUGAUGUGUCCUGCUCUGGUAACGAAGUGUCUCGAGGGGCAUGGAACGCUUAGCAAAAAGGAGGUAUGUUCACACAAUAUAUCUUCAAAUAUCAAUGGGACAGAGACAGGAGGCAUAUCCAAGCCUCCUACUGUCAACAGCAGUCACGGAACCGAUAAUACCAGUCUCAUUGCUGGCAUCGUGGCAGGCAUCAUUACCGUCGUGAUUCUCAUAAUAAUCGUACUAGUCGUACAUAACACGUGCAUGACACGGAUGUCACACAACAUCUCUACUCCACCCCACCUGAACUCUUCACAGAUGGAGCUGACAAAUAACGAACAGCAGCUGCACGACAAAAAGCCUCCCGCAGACAAGGAACAUAAUGACACGGACUCUACCAAUGACUCGACAUGCAGCCACGAUGAUCUAAGCAAGACAGAUGGGCAAGAGCGUUCUAGUAAUGUGAAUGUGGAUCAUACGUCCGACAAGCAAAGUCUCACUUCGAAUAUCUUUGUACAGUGUGAUGAUAUAGACACACACAGUCAAAGAGAUGGAAGACAUGUGGCACCCAUUAUAAAUCAGUUAAGGCAUUGUCAGUCUGUUAAGCCAGAGCAGCGUUUUCGAAGAUCCUUGAGUGCUAAUGAUGCUGAGAAGAGGAAAGAAUAUGUAAAGCAAUCGCAAGCUGGAACUAAUAGAAUGUUGUUAGAAGGAAUUAACAAAAAAGUCGAUAUGCUGCAUUGCGCUGUCGGUGAGCUCAUGAUCGAGACAUCACAAAACAGCGCCACACUACAACAGUCAACAGAACAGCAAAACGAAGGAAACAAGAGCCUUCAAAUCAUUGAAUCAUAUUCCGCAAAGACGUACACCGUGCUAACAGAUCUAGACCACACUAACUGAGCGAGAGAAGUAAUCCGUUGUAUGUAUAGAGGUUGUGUUGUAUAUUUAUGUAAGGGAAAUGUAGCAUGACGUCAUACUUUAUUUGUGUUUGUUUGAGAGAGAAUCACGCUGAUAGAGUUGAGUGAUAUUGACUGACCAACUUGAAAUAUACUACACAAGUUCAGUACC